UGGGGGGCAUAGCAAGAUGUGACUUGCUCCUUCAUCGCGGCAGGACGGGCUGAAUGGCCUCCCUCCUAGCCGUGUCCAUUGUGUACCGGGGAACAGUGUUGGUGCGCCCUCUGAUGGGGACGAUGGCACCGUGCGUCCGCUGCUCCCUCUGCCGGUGCUUUCUGCCCAGUCCCCUGCCUGGCCUGGGGACGCGCCCUUACUUCCACCUCGCUCGUGUGCAACAUGGAACCCGACAGGGUGGUAGGAGAGGCAGCUGUAGACUCGCAAGGUGGGAGGUCCGGUGUAACCUGCGCCGAGGAAGAACUAAACGUCUUGCAGGAACUGUCAGAGUUGCCGGUGGAGACGGCGAGAAAGAGGCCGACAUGCUCCCGCUGCAGCCGCCCUCAGAAGGUUUGUCUCUGCCCAUUCCUACCAGUUCAUCCGCUGAAUGUCUCCACCUGUCUGUAUAUAGUUCAGCAUCCAGCAGAGGGGAGUCGAGUACUGCGAACCGUGCCUCUGCUAGCUGCCUGUCUUCCAGCUGACAAAUGCAAGGUCUUUGUUGGUCGGCGUUUUAGUGAGGACAGGCAUCCUGAACUUGCAGCUGUUUGCCAGAGUCUUAGUACAUUAAUCCUAUAUCCUGGACCUGAGGCAAAGAACCUAGAAGAACUUGAACUUGACUCAUCACUGUCACCAUAUAAUAUUAUUAUUAUCGAUGGAACAUGGAGUCAGGCCAAGGGAAUGUUUUAUGGAAAUUCCCUUUUCCGCUUCCCGAAACAAGUUCAACUCCAGACUAGUUUAUUAAGCCAAUACAUAAUUCGGACUCAGCCAACAAAUACUUGUCUCUCCACUUUGGAGUGUGCAGCUUUUGCGCUGUCAAUAGCAGAAAAGAAUCAUUGCAUUCAUGAGGUUAUUCUACGUCCUCUUCAAGCUUUGUGUUCCUUCCAGCUUCAGCAUGGAGCUCAGAUCCAUCACAGCAAAGAACAUCUGAUCAAGAAUGGAUUGUAUGCAAAAUCAAUGCCAAAGAAUAAACGUAAACUUAAUAGAAUGGAACGUUUAGUGAACAAUGUCAAAGUGUAGGGGCCAAGAAUAAUUUCAAGGAGGCUAUUUUUGUGAACAGAAAUUUUCUUGUGAAAUUUUCUAUGAAUCUUUCAUCUUCUAUCAUUGAAUUUUCUAUCAUUUGGACUACUGUCAAUUAUCUGACAUCUGAUUUCAUGCUGUUUCCUGUUAUUGUUUCAAUCUUACCACACACUUUGUGGGCAAGUUUCCUCGGUGCUUCCAUUGCUACACUGCUGUAAUUUAGGCAGAAAUUUGGCAGGAAUCUUGAUUACAUGCAUGAAUGAGGUUCUUCCUAAAAUUGAAUUGACAGUAUGGCAGCAUAAUGACAGAGGUGCUGAGGAAAGUCACCCUUUUAAUAGUUUAGAGGGUUAAAGUUAUUUCUUCUUUAUUCUGAGAUCUAGUGUAAAAUUCUACAGUUCAGUAAUGCAGUAAUGAAAGAUAUAUUUAAACAACAUAUUUGUGUUGGUCUCACUUGGGAGUUUCUCUCUCUUUUGGACAAAAGUUAGAACUUUUACCCAGGUUUAUCUCAGCCAAGAUUAACUGGUUUGCUGGAGCUUCUUUACCUGGACUUCUUCAGCCAGGAGGAUUUUAAGUUGAGUAGCUAGUUCAGUCACUUUAAUUGUCACUCAACAAAUGGCAAUACUGUACAGUUAUGUGUGAUCCCAACAUUUGCAUCUUGCAUGGAAAUUGCUGAGUUUACAGAGUAGCCCAGAGAUAAAUUGCCAGAGCAAGUUGUCUGGACCUGAACAGACUUGGAGCCCAGAGUGCACUUUUAGCUCCUGCUUGUGCCUUAACUUUCUUCUACAUCAAACCUGAUUCCUGGUAAUUGGGGUUGGCAAUGUUGGAUGGAGAGUCAUUUCUAGUCAGGGUAUUUCCCUAUCCAGUGUCUUGUUUACACUUAUCACUCUGUUUUCUGGGAUAAAACUGGUAGAUUGCCACUUAAAUUGAAGAGGUUGGUCUAUCGGGGGGUUGCUGGGGAAGGUCAUGCCUAGUGCUUGGUUCUCAGCUGGACUUCAAUUUUCAUGUGACUGACCCUCUUCUGAAGGGAGCUGUUAAGAAACUGAACGAACUGUGGAUGCUGUAAAUCAGGAACAAAAACAGAAGUUGCUGGUAAAGCUCAGUAGGUCUGGCAGCAUCUGUGAAGAAAAAAUCAGAGUUAACAUUUCAGGCCCAGUGACCCUUCCUCAGAACCCUCAGUUAACUUCGAUUUUUUCUUCAUGGGUGCUGCCAGACUUGCAGAACUUUUCCAGCAAUUUCUGCUUUUGUUAAGAAACUGACUGUGCUAUUGACAAUAAAACUUUCUCUAGCUGCUGUGCAGGGCUAUAUUUCAAACCCUUCUCCUCAGCACCCUUUUCUGACAGAUGCUGUCUCCAUGCCCAGGCAUUGUCACAGAUACCUUGGCAGGAUCCAGUGUGGGGGUUAUAUAUCCUCUACCUGCCACUUAUGCCAGUUCAUUAGUACCAUGCAUUUUCAGAGUCCUGUAUUGUAAUGAAGGUGUUGUUGUAUCAUUUACAUUUCAAUUUUGCAGGAAGAAAAUCCUAGUGCAUUACUGUGUUGCUCAGUUCACAUAUAAAGUUGUUAGUUCAGUAUUUGUCAAUGGGAAUAGAAGGGAAGAGCAAUCAAAAGUAAACGUAAAGAUUGUGCAUUUAAAUUAGUAUAUCUGAUAGAGUUUUCUUACUAAACCCUGCAAAUACCAGGGUGUCUUCUGGAAUAGCAUGUUGGAGUGAAACUGUGGUGCUUCAGUGGUUAGAAUGAAGUAAAGAGGAAAAUUGAAGAUAAGCUUCAUAUAUUUAUUUGUUUGCAUUGGGGGAAGUUUUUUUUUAGCCAAUCUGCAGUUGUUGGGGGAUCCAUUGGUCUACAACUAACACCAGUUGGAGGACAUGAAUCAGCUGCCUACAGUACUUACUGGGCCUUCAAUCAUGUAAGCUUCAAAGCUUAGAUUUUGGAAUUGGAAAGAUAAAGAUCUGAUUAAAGAAUCUGCUCACUUUUACCACUGCCUCUACUACAUUGCUUUGCAUUUUAUUGCGUUAAACUCAUCCUCUGCUGGAAUAAAGAAUCCAUUUUAAUAUUGUAUUCAAGCCUCUGCAACUGGUAAAUAGUAUACGAUGAAAAUGGAUGUUAAUUAUAUCUUCAACGUUCGUAAGCAAAGCAUUAAAAGUGAUUUUACUAAGAAUGAAACAACUGCUGGGCUGGGUUUCCAGCUACAAUUUCCUGUACUGUCAAUUGCUGAUAUCAAGCCUGCUAUAAGGCACUUCAAGUGAUUCUGAAUGGGAAGAAAACUAAAUGUUCAGUUGCCCAGGUCACUUUUUGUUAGUAAAAGUGCCAGAGCUGCCAUUGGUAGCAACCUGAGAACAAACAUGAAGCCCGUGUUGCUAACCAAUGGAAGUACAGUGUGUGGACAUUUCAAGAAAAAUAUGGGAAAUAAAUGACAAAUUCAUGGUAGCUGUGAAUUUAUUUAAUCAUAUCUGUGUUGAAAACUUUCUUAUUUGCCUUGUUUGAGCAGAUUUUUAAAAAUAUUUGUGUUCUGUGAUGGACUGAUGAUUUAUAUUUUUAAAAAAAUGAAAGCAUCAGUUGCAGAAUUCCUUGCUAUCAACGUGACAUUCAAUAAUGAAAGUGGAAGAUGUACCGUUUAAUUUUUUUUAUCUA